AUGUUGGGUUCCGUUUACGGCGGCACACCUCGAGUCCCCAAUCCUCCACCACAGCCGAAUAUAAUUCCGCCUGCAACGAAUAUUAGCAUCAUAUUCGAUUAUCGUCGCCUAGAACUCCGCCCGGACCAGGCUCGAGCGGUACGUAUGGCGAGCCUGUGGGAAAUGAGUCGCCAUUGCGACGAACACGGGCUCAGCUGGGAACCCUUGUGCGCAAUAAUUAUUCGACAAGAAGACAGGAGGACGUGGAAAAGUCCUCCUUCUCCUGUGGAACUCAAUUGCAGCGAAGUGGUGAUACAGAGGAUGGUCGGGAACUGGAGUUGUAGCAAGAUCGCGUUUGCUCGCUCCGUCGCUUUGAAAUUGCACAUUAUUGCGAUGCGGUACUCCUGCCGCUCCUCUUCGGUGAGAUUUGAUAGCUGCUCGGGCGGAACAGUAAUCGUUUAA